AUGUUCACAGAAUUAUACCCGUAUGGAGUGAGCCAUGGUGAUGCCCAGUUACCUGUAGAAAAUGACGGCACGUCACCGGAAGUGGUACUAACUAAUAGUUUUCCGUAUUAUGGAACUUUUUACAAGUCUUUGUAUAUAAACACAAAUGGUGUAAUUUCAUUUGACAAUUCACUGAGAGAAUAUGAUGAGACAAGACCGAAAAUACCAAUCCGUAACGAUGACGAGGAUGGUAUUAAGUAUACACUCAUCGCACCCUUCUGGGCCGAUGUGGACCUUAACGUCGGUGGCUAUGUUCACUACAGACAAGUUAGUGACACGGUCAUGUUAGAAGAAAUCACUGAUGACGUAAGAAGACAUUUCAUUGCGGAAAGAGAUUUCAUGGCGAAAUGGGCUCUGAUCGCUACAUGGGACCGAGUCAAGUAUCACGGUUCGACUUCUAGUGAAGAAAAUACUUUUCAAGUUGUCAUGACAACCGAUGGUCGAUUCUCUUUCAUAAGUUUUAUUUAUGAGCGACUGGAAUGGGCUGGUAAUGAUGCAACAGAAUCGCUUCUUGCUGCGCAGGCUGGCUUUAAUGCUGGGGAUUAUGUGAACUUUUAUUUAUUGCCAAAUAAUCAACACUAUACCAUAGUGAAUUUAGCUUCGAGUAGUAACGUGGACAGUGAUGGUGUGUGGAUGUACAGGGUUGAUACAACUAUUGACAAUGUGCCGUGUGCAACAGGUUUAUGUAUAUACCCAUCUCUUGGAACCAUGCUUGGUGGUAAUGUAGUUUCAAUCAGCGGGCUUGCCUUUGAUAGCAGUGACGUCAUCAUAUGCAAAUUUGGAGACUAUCGACCAAUGAACGGUACCUUUAUCAGCAGCGACGAAAUACGGUGUACUACUCCUUCGUUUUUCGGAGUUGGUGUGAUGCUCGUAUCUGUAUCGCGAGACGGUGGUUUGACUUAUGAACCCACUGAAGCAGAAAACCAAGGAAGGUUUUACGUCCAAAAUUACGAUCGUGUAGAAGACGAUCACGUGACACGUGUAGAUAGCGGUUCGGACGACUGGAGGUUUGCCGGCAGACAGCUCACACUGGAAUGGGACUACGAGGAGAUCCCGGACGACAAGGUUGCAGUGGAGGUAUUCGUGUACCAGGAGCACGGCGCAGAGGGACCCCGGUGGGAGUGGGUAUAUACCAUCGACCCGAGUACUCCAAACGACGGCAGACUCACGUUCAUACCGACGCCCGUGGCCGCGGUGUCUGACGGGACUGACUAUGGCUCGAUACGUAUCAUCGGAGAAAAUAACCCAUUUGACGAUGGACAGUUAAACCAGUUCGCCGCCACGUCCGUUCAGCUUUACGGCGUUCAGUGCGGGCGUGGUUUGUUACCGUGUCCGUGUACAUUGCAACAGGUACUGGUGGACACCGGUAGAUGGCAGGUUGAUACAGGAUGUAGUAUGUUUCACGGAAGCAAGUGUACCUAUCACCAGGGGGCGCUUCACUGUGCUAGAUCAGCCAUGCCAACAAACCUGGGUGGUGGUAACCAGUGUUGCUAUGACGCGGAUGGCAAUCUGAUGUUCUCAUCGGACACCGACCAAGGGAGCACGCCUGACAGAUAUCACACAUGGGGAUAUCAUCCAUAUAAUGAACUUGGCAGAGUGCCAAGUAUGUCACAUUGGCUUGAUGACGUAGUUACUUUCUACUACUGUUGUCUGUGGUCAGACUGGUGUUGGAAAUACAUGGAGCUACGAGCAACCACGGACUGUAUUGAUUACGAACCUUCGAGACCAGCGGUUGUCGUAGGGGAUCCACACUUCGUCACAUUGGAUGGACUAGAAUAUGCGUUUAAUGAUAUGGGUGAAUUUAUUUUGCUGAAGACAAACGACGACAAGAUUGAACUUCAAGGAAGAUUUGAAAAAGUUAAAGACAGCGAAGGAAAGGAAGUUAAUGCCACCGUGUUGACUGCCGUCGUCAUGCAAGAUACGCUUUACAGUGGAGCCAAAGUUGAGAUAAGACUGCACGAACAAACAUUAAUGGAAAUACUAGUUAACGAACAAAUAAUAAGUCUCGGUGGUCAAACCUGGUUAGACUUCGAUGGAGUUGCUCUGAAAAAUCACGAGCGUUACCUUGACGACAGUAAUAUUGCUCAAGUUACCGUAAUACUAGAACGUGGCAUUGGUGUUGACGUCAUAGCCAAUCAUGACCUGCUGACCUUACACUUUCUCCUACCAAUAACACUGAAAAACACUGUAAAUGGUCUUUUUGGUAACUGGAACGAGGACCCCACUGAUGACCUUACUACACCAACUGGCACCAUCAUCAAUUAUAAUUCUCCACCCGAGGUGAUAUUCGAAGACUUCGGACGAUCAUGGGAGAUUACCAACACCAAUAUGUUCGCAUACGAUGCCGGUAAAAGCCAUACAGAUUACCACGACGCAGACUUCGUGCCGGUAUUUGAACCACCAAGCGACGAGGAGUUACCGCGGGAAUUGUUGGAUGAUAUGGAAGAACUCUGCAAGGGCAACAUGCAAUGCGAAUUCGACGUAAGGACGACAGAGAGACUUGAUAUUGGGGGAGUAACCAAAGACGGGGUCGAUCGGUACGAAAACAUUAGCAGAAGUGCACAAAAAGUUGUUGCAUGUCCGCACAUCCCAACACCAAGGCAUGGAUACAAAACUUUCGAUGGUGAUACGAGGCAUCAUUUGGAAGGCAGUGUCAUCACGUUUUCUUGUCACGAUGGAUUUGUUCAGACGGGAACACCGACCAGGGAGUGUCAAUACAACAGUAAAUGGACGGGUGACGAUGUUCUAAAUGACUGUAUAAGUUCUCCACAUGGAAGUGGAAUAAAACACUGGUCUUUGCAAGAUAAUGAUGUCAAACACACAACAGAAACUGAAUGCGGCACACUUGUGGCACCAGAACACGCAUCAAUCGAAGUGAAGGUGGAGAAUGAACUCCAUGUGGCCUAUUUUUCUUGCGAGGAAGGUUAUUCUAUAAGUGGUGCGACAAAGCGUCAAUGUCUUUUUGAAGUAUGGUCGGGUCUUGACACGGAGUGCUACGUGGGCAUCGAUCCAGAUGCAGAAAUCUCUCUCAUCAUUGGUGUUUCCUGUGCUGUUGGUGUGUUGAUUAUUAUCGUAAUAUCCUUUCUGGUUUACAGAAAGAUAAAUACGAACACAGACUUGGAUACAAAAUCGCAGUCUGUAACGAUGACACCUAACGUAACGUAUGAAAACAGUACUGUGACCAUCGAAGACCAGCCUACAAACAGGGAUCGGAAAUCCGACCAACCAGAUGUGACUGAACCCGAGCCAUCACCAGAAAUCAUAAUAUGA